AUGUUUGUUGUCAAGAGAGAUGGUCAUAAAGAACCAGUUAGGUUCGAUAAAAUUACUGCCAGAAUUUCUCGUUUAUGCUAUGGUUUAGAUUCUGAUCAUGUUGAUCCUGUCAAGGUCACUCAAAGAAUCAUCAGUGGUGUCUACGAAGGUGUCACAACUGAAGAGUUAGAUAACUUAGCUGCUGAAACGGCUGCAUACAUGACCACUAUACAUCCUGAUUAUGCUGUGUUGGCCGCAAGAUUAGCUGUCUCCAACUUACAUAAACAGACUACUAAAUUAUUUUCAGACGUUGUUGAUCAAUUCUAUCACUACAUCAACCCAGAUACUGGCAAACCUGCUUCAUUAGUUUCCAAGGAUCUUUUUGAUAAUGUUAUGGCUCAUAAAGAUGAAAUUAAUUCUGCUAUAUUCUACGAUAGAGAUUUCCAAUUCAACUAUUUCGGUUUCAAGACUUUGGAAAGGUCUUAUUUGUUGAGAAUGUUUGGUAAAGUCGCUGAACGUCCACAACAUAUGAUCAUGAGAGUUUCCUUGGGUAUUCAUGGUUCUGAUAUCAAAUCUGCUAUCGAGUCUUACAACUUUAUGUCCCAAAGAUACUUCACUCAUGCUUCACCAACUUUAUUUAACGCUGGUACUCCAAAACCGCAAAUGUCAUCAUGUUUCUUGGUUGCCAUGAAAGAUGACUCUAUUGAAGGUAUUUACGACACAUUAAAAGAAUGUGCUAUGAUUUCCAAGACGGCUGGUGGGAUUGGAUGUCAUAUCCAUAAUAUUCGUUCUACAGGUUCUUAUAUUGCUGGUACCAACGGUACUUCAAACGGUAUUAUUCCGAUGAUCAGAGUUUUUAACAACACAGCUCGUUACGUCGAUCAAGGUGGUAACAAGAGACCAGGUGCUAUUGCUAUCUAUUUGGAACCUUGGCACGACGACAUUUUUGACUUUGUCGAUAUUAGAAAGAAUCAUGGUAAGGAAGAAAUCAGAGCAAGAGAUUUAUUUCCAGCAUUGUGGGUUCCAGAUUUGUUCAUGAAACGUGUUGAAGAAAACGGUGAUUGGACUUUAUUCUCCCCAAGUGACGCUCCAGGUUUAUCUGACGUGUGUGGUGCUGAAUUUGAAGCCUUAUAUAACAAAUACGUUGCUGAAGGACGUGGUAGAAGAACUAUCAAAGCACAAAAAUUAUGGUAUUCUAUUUUAGAAGCUCAAACUGAAACUGGUACCCCAUUCAUUGUUUACAAAGAUGCUUGUAACGAGAAAUCCAACCAAAAGAAUCUGGGUACCAUCAAAUCUUCUAACUUAUGUUGUGAAAUCGUUGAAUACUCUGCUCCAGACGAAACUGCUGUUUGUAAUUUAGCUUCUGUUGCCUUACCAGCUUUCAUCGAAACCAGUGAAGACGGUAAGACUCAAAUUUAUAACUUUGAAAAACUACAUGAGAUUGCUAAGGUUAUGACUCGUAACUUAAACAGAGUUAUUGACCGUAACUACUACCCUGUUGAAGAAGCUAGAAACUCAAAUUUCAGACAUAGACCAAUUGCCUUAGGUGUCCAAGGUUUAGCUGAUACUUUCCAACUGUUACGUAUUCCUUUUGAAUCCCAAAAGGCUAAAGAAUUGAAUAUCCAUAUUUUUGAAACUUUAUAUCAUGGUUCCUUAGAAGCUUCCUGUGAAUUAGCACAAAAAGAAGGUCCUUAUCAAACUUAUGAAGGUUCUCCAGUUUCCCAAGGUAUCCUUCAAUACGAUAUGUGGGGUGUUAAUCCAACUGAUUUAUGGGAUUGGACUUCUUUGAAGGCUCAAAUUAAGGAGCACGGUGUUAGAAAUUCUUUGCUAUUAGCACCAAUGCCAACUGCCUCCACUUCCCAAAUUUUAGGUUACAAUGAAUGUUUCGAGCCUUUCACAUCCAAUAUGUAUCAACGUCGUACUUUAUCUGGUGAAUUCCAAAUUGUUAAUCCGUAUUUAUUACGUGAUUUAGUUGAUUUAGGUUUAUGGAACGACUCAAUGAAGCAACAUUUAAUUACCGCUAAUGGUUCCAUUGCUGAUUUACCAAAUGUUCCACAGGAAUUAAAGGACAUAUAUAAGACUGUUUGGGAAAUUUCUCAAAAGACUAUUAUUGAAUUUGCUGCCGACCGUUCUGCUUUCAUUGAUCAAUCUCAUUCUUUGAACAUUCACAUCCGUGCCCCAACUUUUGGUAAAUUGACCAGUAUGCAUUUCUACGGUUGGAAGAAGGGUUUGAAGACUGGUAUGUACUAUCUAAGAACACAAGCUGCUUCUGCUGCUAUCCAAUUUACCAUCGAUGCUAAGGUUGCUGAACAAGCUGCAAAUGCUAAAGCCAACUUACUUAACCUAAAACGUCCUCAAUACCUUGCUCGUAAGUUAAACUUAGAAGCCGGUGAAAAGGAACUAUCUAUCGAGACUGCUGCCCCAAGGGAGCCUUCUCCAGCACCAUCAUCUGAUUCAUCUAUAUCCGAGGGUGUGGCCUCAUUCAAAAUUGAAGAUAGUGUCCCAGUGACACCAAUUGAAGGUCAGUCAACUGACUCCAACCAAAAGACAACCACCGCUGGAUCGGCCACUACAGAAGAUGUAGAUAUCUACAACUCAAAAGUUGUAGCAUGUGCAAUCGAAAACCCAGAAGCUUGUGAAAUGUGUUCUGGUUAA